CAUUCUACCCUCACCUAUUACCGAGACGGAGUUAACUUCGGUUUCAGUACAGUUAUCAAGCUUAUUAACCAACGGUACUUCGAGAAGAACACCAAGACGUCCACCAUUUUCACUAAUGUCCCGACAAGACGACGAAGAGAUCCUUUCUGCAACGGUCACUGAAAUUGACUUUACUUCGGUUCGAGUAAAUGCACAGAGUUCUCCGAGAAUUAGACCAAGACGUCCAAUAUUAACACCAAUUCAUCGAUUAGAUGACGAAGAGGUUCUCCCUGCAUCCAACAGAAUGGACUUAACUUCAAUUCAAAUAAGUAACAUCACACAAAGAAACAGACCAAGACGUCCAAUAUUGUCUAAUUUAGUAGAGUUAAGAUCUCAAAACGAUACUGAAGUUGAAGAUCAACAUUUGAGUAGUUCAAUAGAUAUAAAUUCUGAAGAUACAGUCCCAGAUAUCAUGCCAACAGAAAGAGCACAUAUAUAUAAUGAGGUUAAUAAUCUGCAGGUUAAACGUAGUCAACAAUUUGCUAUAGAAAAUGAUGGGAAAAAUCAAAUAGACCAAAUCAUUAGAAACAUCGAAUCAGAACUACGAUGUAAUAUUUGUUUUGACAUUUUUACUAAGCCAACGGUUCUAAACUGUUCACAUAUGUUUUGCCAACAAUGUAUCGAAACUUGGACCAACAGUAUUAACAAAUGUCCAUUAUGUCGAACGUUGGUGACAAAUAAGAUGUAUUGCCUUCCAUUAGACACAUUUUUAAAUAAAAUAAGUCCUUGUUUAUUAGACAAAAUUAGUGGAAGACGUGAAUAACUAAAACAAACAAACAAACCGAACAAUGAAUGAUACGACUAAUAUAAGCAUAAAAAAAAAAUAGUGGAAAUAACAUGAUAUACCGAAUUGGCCUAAUGUGAAAAUACAUAGAAUACA